AUAUACACUUCUUCGCACUCUUUCUACAAACCCCUCGUGUUCUAUUUCUUUGUAAAAAACUUUAAUAUCACCCAAUUUAAGAAGAGAAUCUCAUUCUUUCUUUUGUUCAUUCAUUCAUUCCUUUAGUUCUUUGCCAUCAUAAUCUUUGUCAGGUGUAUUCAUCAUUUAACAAAAACCAUGGUCGAUGCAUAUUUAUAUAUAUCCUAAUGCCUGCCUAUUCUUGGAUUGGAUGUAGUUGAUGCAAGUAGAAUGUGAUACAAUUAAAGUUUUAAAUAUGUCCAGGAGAGUAAGAAAAAGGAAUGUUUCAAUUGCAGAAGAGGAGAAGGAGAGAGAAAAUGGGAAUUCUUCGGCAUCUACACAUGGUUAUGUCCAGCAUAGGCGUUCGAAAAGUGCUUCUGAGAGAAACUUAAACCUUACAAGAUUCAGAGAUUCUCACUGCACACAGAAGGACUUCAAUCAAUCGCAUGGCUUGGCAGCUCCUAAAAAUAAUGCCAGAGCUAGCCCACUUCAAGAAAAAUCAUUUAGUGUCAAGACAGAUGAUAUAUCUAAUCAUAGGGCCUCCUUGGAAAAAGAUAUUGAGCAAUUACAAUCGCAGUUGCAGCAGGAGAAGUCCAUGCGCAUGUUACUCGACAAGGCAAUGGGUAGAGCUUCUAGUACGCUCUCUCCUGGACAUCGUCAUUUUGCUGCUCAGACGAAAGAGUUGAUUGCUGAAAUUGAAUUGCUCGAAGAAGAGGUUGCAAACCGUGAACAGCAUGUUCUCUCAUUAUACAGGAGCAUCUUUGAAAAUUGUGUUAGCCGGACAACUUCUGAGCAUAGCUCAGUUGUGACUUCUCCAGCACAUGUAAAGAAUGAAUCCAGGAAACACCCAAGUAUAAUUACAAGUGCCUUCUGUUCCUCCAUAAAGUUCCCACUGCAGACUUUCCACUCUCUGGCUACUAUAAGUAACUCAGCGAAAAAAAGUUCGUUGCAGUCUAAAACAAGACACACUUCACUCCUUAAUGGUAAAGAUAACGUCCAUUUAGAGAAAAGUUGUUCCAACCAUGUUAAGGAACAGGCACCAAAUGCAAGUAAAACUUCUGCAUCUCGGACUCUGAAGGAUCAUCUCUACCAAUGUCCGAGUAGGCUGUCAGAGGAAAUGGUUAGGAGUAUGGCAUCUGUUUACUGUUGGCUCUGUAGCACAUCAUCAGCCAAUAUGGAACAAAACAAAUCACAGUUUUUGACAAAGUCACCCACUAUACUUCCACAGCAAGGCGUUGGGAAGAAGAAAGAAUGGUUGGCCAAAUCUGCAGUUGAAAUAUCAUGGAUAUCAACAGAUAAGAAUAACUUCUCCCGUGCGUCUUAUGCCAUCAACAACUAUAGACUUCUUGUAGAGCAGUUGGAAAAAGUUAAUGUCUGUAAGAUAGAGACCAAUGCCCAGAUAGCAUUUUGGAUCAACUUGUAUAAUUCCCUGGUUAUGCAUGCACAUCUGGCUUUUGGGAUACCACACAACUCGCUCAGAAGGUUAGCAUUGUUUCACAAGGCUGCUUACAAUGUUGGUGGCCAUGUCAUAAGUGCCAGUACCAUUGAGCAGUCAAUAUUUUGCUUUCGUACCCCUCGAAUAGGACAGUGGCUAGAGACCGUGUUGUCAACUGCUAUGAGGAAAAGAUCUGGAGAAGAAAGAAAACUAGUCAGUUCAAAAUUUGGCCUUCCAAAUUGUCAACCACUUGUUUGCUUUGCCCUGUGUACUGGAGCUCAUUCUGACCCCUUGCUAAAUGUGUACACAGCCUCAAAUGUUGAAGAGGAACUUGAAGCGGCAAAGAGAGAGUUUGUUCAAGCAAAUGUGGUCGUCAAAAAGUCGAAGAAAGUAUUUUUACCUAAACUUAUAGAGAGGUACAUGAAGGAAGCCUACAUUCCUAGUGAUGAUCUUCUAAAUUGGGUUACUGAAAAUGUUGACAAGAAGCUUCAUGAUACAAUACAGAAGUGCCUUGAUCUCAGACCAAAUAAAAGGGCAUCUCUGAUCAUCAAAUGGCUGCCUUACAAUUCUAAGUUUCGAUAUUUGUUUUCGAAAGAGUUGAUGGAGAAGCCAUGGUGGGCUUAAAUAUCUCGUGACAUGCUUGUGUCGAUGUUCAAUACAGUUGACUAGAGUUUGGAUGUCCAGUCUUCUACUCUUACUACUAUGAUCUUACCCUCUGUAAGGUGAUUGUGUGAUCAUCAGUUGUUUCUUAUGUAACUUCUGUUCUACAUAUACAGAUGUUUAACCUUUUGGCGGACUAGUGUUUUCUUAACUUAGAUGGUACGUUGUACAUUAAUCACCAUUAACAACAUCCCGUUAUUUAUUUUUAGAUUAAACAUAAUGUUCUUGUUUUGUG